AUGGCGGCUCUCAUAUUGCUGGCCAACGUGAAUGCUCUCUACGACAAGAUGGAAAUUUUUGGCGUCAAAAUAUGCCUCCCCAUUUAUAUCACAAAUCUUUGCCUGAUUGGCGCAAUAUUUUUAGUCCUGUGUAUCUUCGCAGCCCUAAAGCAGCACGACUUUGCCAUCAACCUUGACACUCUCUGGGCUACGAUUGCAGUCUCCAUUCUCUGGACCAUUACCGCUGGUUUCAAUAUAGGCAUCGUGAUUGCUGCUAUGGUGCAUUGCCACAAUCCUCGCUUCAAACACGACGACGAGUUGAGAUACUGUCACUUCUUUGGCAAUGCACAUUUGGCGAGAGCUCAUGGAUGGGCGGGAAAGAGCUGGCCCUUGUACUACUGGGUCAGCGUGGUCUCGGCUCUGGUAAUGGCAUUCUGGCAAAUGCUCAACUGGAUAUUUUGGAUCAAAGACGUACGGCGGGUCAUUGUAUACGGAACGAGACCGCCACAUAUCCAUCUGAAUGAUUGGCCUUUGGUACCUCCUAGGUGA